UUUACCUCAGAGGGGAGUGUGAGGGCAGCAUGUCGAGUGGCACUAAUGUAGUCGUGGGAGUUCAGCUACUAUCCCCAAAUUCAGUUAAAUAUCUACACCUGUAUCCAUUCGAAAGAAGAACAUUAGCGGAAAAAUUAAUAGUAAAAGAACUCGGACCAGACAAGCCAGAAGUAAAUAUAACACAGCAGGUGCGAGAAAAGGAGAAGACCUACAAGAGAACAUUUUCCAGAGGUUGGUUCGAUCGAAAGGCUUGGCUAACUAGCUGUGGGUAUGCCAAUGCAAUCUUUUGCUUUCCUUGUUUACUUUUUAAAACAAGUGCGUGUGAUAGUUCGUGGACACAGACAGGGGUGACAGACCUGAAACAUAUGUCAGAGCGCAUUAAGAAACAUGAGCUGGCAAGAGUGCAUAUGGACAACUCUGUGAAGUUAGCCAUGCUAGGCCGAAUUAGCAUAGCCACACAGUUAAAUGAGGGACACCGUAUUAGCAUAAGAAAACACAACGAGGAGGUGGACAGGAAUCGGCAUAUUUUGUCAAAGAUCGUUGAUGCCGUGAACUUUUGUGGGGCCUUUGAACUUGCUUUGCGUGGUCAUGAUGAGAGUGACACAUCAGAAAACCCUGGCAUUUUCCUGGGUCUCAUUGACCUAAUGGCGUCAAUCGACCGUGAUUUGGAGGAGCACCUGGAGAACGCCACUGUUUUUAAAGGCACUUCGAAGACCGUGCAAAAUGAACUGUUAGACUGCAUGUUGUCAGUUCUCAGAGACCACAUUCUGGAAGAGGUAAAACAGUCGGACUAUAUUGCCAUUCAGGCAGAUGAGACAACCGACAUCUGCACUCAUUGUCAGCUCGUGCUUGUGCUACGGUACAUAGAUGGCCACAACAACAUUCAAGAACGCUUUUUUGAGUUUAUCGCGCUUCCAAAUGCGACCGCUGCUACGAUUGCCACUGAAUUAUUGGAAAGGCUGAGGACCAUUCUUCCUGCGGGACAAGAGCGAAAAUUAAUUGCCCAGGCCUAUGAUGGUGCCGCAGUGAUGAGGGGUGCUACAGGUGGAGUGCAGCGUAAAGUUCAAGAUGUCUACGGGAGUGCCUACUACGUUCACUGUUAUGCGCAUCAAUUGAACCUCAUCAUGCAGCAGGCAACAUCCCACAUCCCGAAGAUCGGCCAGUUUUUUUCAGACAUUGGGGGUUUUUCUACAUUUUUUUCUAAGUCUUUCAAACGAACGGCAGUGCUAGAUGAGGUGGUGGCACACCGACUUCCAGGUGCUUCAACAACGCGAUGGAACUUCCACAGUCGUGCUGUUAACACAGUUUACGAGCACAAAGAUGAACUGGUCAAGUGUUUCCAAACCAUCCGAGACAGAGGAGACUUUGAUGCUAUAUCGAAGAGAGAGGCCGGGGGUUGUAUGAGAAUGUUGGAAGAUGAGGUUUUCUGUUUCUUCCUGGCGUUAUUUCAUAAAAUCAUGCCACAUGUAGACAUGCUGUUUAACCAGCUGCAGAAGAGAAACAUAGACUCUGUCUUCAUCGCAGGCAUCACCCAGCGGUUCACUCACAGCAUACAGGCUAUCAGGGACUCUGUUGAUUCUCUAGUUGAAGAUGAGGACUAUAGGGGACCUGUACAGGAACCACCCCCGAAGAAACGGAUGGCAAUGGGAGAAGAAACGCAACGACAUCUGGCAAUAGAGGUAUGUGAUACCAUUAUGAGCCAUGCCAAGGAGAGGUUUUCUUUCACCAAGCAUCUCAUCAGUGCCACUCUCUUGCAAGGAGACUUGUUCUCACAACACAGCAGAAAGUUCCCAGACUCAGCACUACAAACCACGGUGGAUGCCUAUCCCAUGUUGGACAAAGCGAGACUUAAAACAGAACUGUCCCUGAUCUACGAAAAUGAGGACUUCAAGGGUUGCAGUGGUGCACUGGCUCUCUUUCAGGUUCUAAUGGAAAAUAAUCUUCAAGACACAUUCACCGAAACUGUAAGUCUUCUCAAGAUCCUCAUCACCACACCAAUGACAACAGCAGAAUCAGAGAGGUGCUUCUCUACUUUAAAGAGGAUAAAAACUUUCCUUAGGAACACUAUGGCACAAGAUCGCCUCAACGCUCUGGCUAUGCUCUCUAUAGAGAAAAAACUCACAAGGGACAUUCCAGAUUUCAACACCAGGGUUAUUGAGAGAUUUGCCACUCAGAAAGAUAGACGAGCAAAGUUCCUGUACAAAUAAGAGUUCUCCAUCCACUUCACUCACUCACCCCCCGCAUUCACUCACAUAUUCACUCCAUCUACCUUUCUCAUACACACAAAUCUAACUCAGACACCAUAUCUUAGUCUCUCUUUACUCUUUACUCUCUCUAACUCACACUAGCUGUCAUUCUCUUACUCAGUCUCUCACUCUCUUUCUCUCUCUCUCUCUCUGUCUCUCACACACUCGCACUAUAUGUCAUUCUCUUACUCUCUCACACACACACACACACAAACACAGACUAGCUGUCAUUCUCUAACUCAGUCAGUCUCUCACUCUCUCUCACACUCACACUCUCUCUCUCUCUCACACACACACACACACAAACACAGACUAGCUGUCAUUCUCUAACUCAGUCAGUCUCUCACUCUCUCUCACACACACACACCUGCUAUCUCAAUUCAAUAAGCUUUCUUGGUUGUCUGUCACUCUCACUCAUUCACUGACUCUCUCACUCAUAUACAUAAUUUUUCACACACAUUUGCCAUUAAAAUAGUGAUCUCAAUAGGAACAUAACUGUAUGUAACUGUAUGUUUGCUUUGAUUUGCUUUGAUUUUGUUGUUGUUUCUAAGUUCAGAGCUGGAUUACUGUGUUUCAUACUAGCUAAAAUGUUAAAUUCAUCUUUCUUCUCAUACUUUGUGUUCACUACAAGAAUGUUGUCCCACCCUCUCUGUGAGAGCCUUCUCUCUCUCUUUCUGUAGUAUCAACACAGACUAUUAUUAUCCAUUAUCCAAUUGUCAAUUUGUCUACAGUGAACUUUAAUCAAUUCCCAGCUGUAGACUACAUAUCUUUAGAACUAGAUUGUUGUAUUACCUAUUAUAAUUUAUCUUUAUGUCUUUGAACUUUCUAU